UUUAAGUUACUACCAUAAGCCUGCAGUGCAGGAGUGCACCUGGCACCUUACCGGUACGCCCCCAAGAAAGUCCGAGAAAGCCCACUCAACGGCUACGCAAGAUAUUCCGAGCUCCAGCUGUGUGUGUAAAAGCAUCACAUUGCGCCGGAUCUUCUCCUUCUGACCUAUGACUUCUCGAUUUCUACAACACCAUCGCAUUCCAUCAUCUUCCCACUGGUGGUCGACGGAAACCCAUUCAUUUGGAGUUGAUAGCUGUACCGAGUCUGGUACCUGAGUCUGCCCCGCCUCAACAAUUUUAGCUCCCUCUGCCCCUUUUUGACUUUGGGUCUGCGCGACCACAGCACCGCCGUCAUGGAUAUCGCCCUCGAGCUAUGCGAUACUUACUUCUUUGACCACCUCUACUCAGCCAUUCUGCCAGCGAAAUCUGCCAUAUACAGCUCGGAAGAUGGAUCAAACAAUGGUACUCUGUUACACCCGCGAUCGCGAUCAUCGUGGCAAUUUAAACCGGCUACCCAAUUCAUAUCUUUCCCACCCAGUGAAGCAGCCUACACAAGCGAAUGGAUGAGGGACAAUGUAUAUCGACAAUUCAUUUCUCUCAUGCUGGUAACUUGGUAAAUUCCCAAAUUUUUGGAAUGCGCCUCCAAGAACUUUUAACUAAUCCACUUUUCCAUAGGAUUGCCGGAGCAGCACUCUAUUUACUGGUGGCCAGCCUCUCCUACGUCUUCGUUUUCGAUAAGACCACCUUCAAACACCCCAAAUUCCUCAAGAACCAAAUUCGCCAAGAAAUCAAACAAUCAUGCAAUUCCAUGCCCUUCAUGGCUAUGCUCACCGCUCCUUUCUUCCUCGCUGAAGUUCUAGGCUACUCGAAACUAUACGACGCAUUCAGCGACGAGCCCUUCCGAUACUACAACUGGUUACAAUUUCCAUUCUUCAUCCUCUUCACUGACUGCCUCGUCUACUUCAUCCAUAGAGCUCUUCACCAUCCUUUGCUCUACAAAACUCUACACAAGCCCCACCACAAAUGGAUCAUGCCAACACCAUACGCCUCAAUUGCCUUCCAUCCUGUUGAUGGCUGGGCACAAUCUCUCCCAUACCAUAUUUUCCCUUUUCUGUUUCCUCUCCAGAAAUUCGCCUACCUCUGUCUGUUUUUCUUUGUCCAGGUUUGGACUGUUUUCAUCCACGAUGGAGAGUAUGUUGCCAAUAGCCCUAUUUUGAACGGUGCUGCAUGCCACACUAUGCAUCACCUCUAUUUCAACUACAACUAUGGACAAUACACCACUCUUUGGGAUCGAUUGGGAGGCAGCUAUCGCAAGCCAAACGAAGAAUUGUUCCGAAGAGAAAGUAAGAUGGGCCAAAAGGAGUGGGAGAGACAGGUAGCUGAGAUGGAGAAGUUGGUCAAGGAUGUUGAGGGCGAGGAUGAUCGUACAUACGGAUCAGAGGAGGUGGAACUGAGCACCAAGAAAGCCAAUUAGAUUUAUGGCAAUUAUGGUGACUUGAUCGAAAAAUUCCGAGGUCGUUUCUCGCUGAGGGAGCUUGGAGUAGGGUGGUAAACAAAAGCGCGGCACGGAAAUUGUGAAUAUUUUUGGACACAAUUGUACAAAAGGCAGGCAGCAAGCAGCACGAGAAAAACGAUUAGAAAGGGCGGGAAGUCCUGGGAGAAGCAGGGAAUUGGAGUCUUUGGGGGGAAUGAAGACGGUAAUAAUGUAUUGUACAGGUUUGAGG